AUGGUGACGAUGAUGCAGUUCAACGAGCAGAAGCAGGACUACAUCAGCAGCCUCUCCAACAUGGAGGAGGACACGCCUGAGUACAAUGCUGCGCUGCAGGAGUGCCACAAGCGUGGAGCAGAGCGCUGUGUGAAGGUAGCCAGCCAACAUCGUGGGCUGUACGUCAAGGCAGCGCAGUUUAUCGCCUCCAUCCGGGGCGGCACGGGGGAGCGCGGUGUACCAAAGCCGUACACCGAUGCGCUGGCUGUUUUCACCGACCACGCCCCGCACAAGCGCAUCGACGAGGUUGCAGAAGUGCUGAAGGAGUGCAUGAGCUUGGGCGACUGGCCUGCGACGCCUUUGAAUCAGGAUUGCGACCUGAGGUGUAUCGAGGACAUCCCGAUUGCAUCGGCAAGCUUGGCACAGGUGCACCGUGCUGAGCUCAAGGAUGGCACCAGGGUUGCGGUGAAAAUCCAGUACCCUGAGCUUCGGAAGGAAAUGGCCUCCGACUUUGCAGUUUUCAAGACCAUGGGCACGCAGAUCAAGCAGAUGGCUGCCGGAUACGACCUCAUGUGGGUGGUGGAGGAUUUCGAAAAGAACCUCACGCGGGAGCUGGAUUUUACCUUGGAGGCUGCCAGCGGCGAGGAGACAGCGCGGCAGCUCGCCCACCGGUACCCAAGAGUCUACGUGCCCAAGGUCUUCAAAGAGUUCUCUUCGUCGCGGAUCAUAGUCAUGGAGUAUCUCGAAGGUUUGCUGAAAGCCAACGAUCCGGAAGGCCUGCGGCGUGCAGGUCUGGAUGUCGAUGAGUGUGCCCAGCUCAUUUGCGACACCUUCGCAGAGAUGAUCUUCGUGCACGGACGCGUACACGCAGAUCCCCAUGCCGGGAACAUCUACUUCCGGGCAAUCGAGACAGGUGGCGAGCUGCACCCGCAGCUUGUUCUGCUGGAUCACGGCCUUUACUACGACCUCAGUGAGAACGACGUGCGCCUGAACUUCUGCCGCUACUGGCGGGCGUGUUGCACGAAGGACUCCGAAACGACUGCCCGGCUUGGGCAGCACUUUGCAGGUGCGUUGCACAGGUUUCUACCACUGAUCCUCUCUCCGUGGUUCAUCUUCGGGAGCAGCGAUGUGUCGUUGAGAGAGCUGAUCGCCGCAUCGCAAGGGCACCUUCCGGACACCAUCAAGCUGAAAGAUGUCGCCGACUUCGUGGUCGCCACGCGCAUGGGAGGAGCAAACCUCCUCGGAGUCCUCCACUCCCUAGGUUACACGCGGGGCCUUCUGGAAGCCCUGCACUUCCCAGAGGCGAGUCGGAUUCAAUCCAUGCUGAUGUUCGCCGUGCAGGGUGACACACCGUCACCUCCGCCUGUGCCGCGUGCACUCAGUGCGAGCGAGCGGGCUUGG